AUUUUUCCUGCUUGGUUUUUCUGGAAAAUCACUGCUAAGUUAAUUUUCCAAAUUAAAUUUAAGGAAAAUGUCCGCACUAGUGAAAAAUAUCCGCUCUUUAUCUAAGUCCUCCUCUUAUUUAAGAUGCUUUUCAGUGCGGCCACUAACCGUAGCAGCAAAUAAACUAAGAAGUGCCCCCAAACAUACCCCCAACCAGAGCCUCUUUCUCACAACCACACAGAGACUCGUAUUGCCUCAUGAGCGAAGUUACAGUUCCAAACCUCCACUAUCAUUAAAACUAAUCGCCGACAGGGUGAUUUUAGUAUUACAAUUGUACGAUAAAGUCAACCCCGAAAAGUUGAAAUUGGAGUCACAUUUUAUCAACGAUUUGGGUUUGGAUUCUUUGGAUCAUGUUGAAGUGAUUAUGGCCAUUGAGGAUGAAUUUGGAUUUGAAAUUCCUGAUGUUGAUGCUGAGAAACUUUUAAGACCUGCUGAUAUUGUCAGGUAUGUGGCAGACAAAGAAGACAUCUAUGAGUGAAUCAAGAAAUUUUUAGAAUUUAUUUUAGAUUAUUUAUAUUUAAGUUCUCCUCUGUGUAAAAUGAUUUAUAUUAUUAUUUGAAUUUAUCAAUGGAUGGUGUAAAUUUCAAAAUAAAAAAUCUUUUAUUGUGUAAGAAUAAUGUUUUUGUUAAAUAAAGUCUUGAAAAUUAUUAAUAUCCACAGUUUUUACCAACGAUUUACUGUAGAGAGACUUUUGGUUUCAAAUGGCAUUUUGCAGUAU